UGCUCAUAUCAUAUAGUUUCUGGUAGGACGGAUUCUGCGUUAGCGACAGCGAUCUGAGCUUCCGCGAUGGGAUCGGCGGCACAGAAAUCGGCGUUGAUACUAUGCGGUGACUACAUGGAAGCCUACGAGACGGUGGUGCCUCUCUACGUUCUCCAGGCGUUUGGCGUUUGCGUUUACUGCGUUUCCCCUGGCCGCGUUUCCGGCGACCGCUGCGUUAUGGCCGCUCACGAUUUCUUGGGCCACGAGCUUUAUACCGAGCUUGUGGUCGACCACUUAACCCUAAACGCCAACUUCGACGACGUCAUCCCGGAGAACUACGACGCCAUUAUCAUCCCAGGAGGCAGAUUCACGGAGCUUCUGAGCGCCGACGAGAAAUGCGUCAACCUCGUCGCGAAAUUCGCUGGGGCCAAGAAGCUGAUCUUCACCAGCUGCCACAGCCAGAUCAUGCUCAUGGCCGCCGGAAUCCUCGCCGACGGCGGACUAAAGUGCACGGCCUUCGAGAGCCUGAAGCCUCUGAUCGAACUCUCCGGCGGCGCGUGGUGGCAACAGCCCGGUAUCCAGAGCGUGUUCGACAUCACCGAUUGCGUUAAGGACGGUAAUCUCGUGAGCGCGAUUGGGUGGCCGACGCAUGGGCAUUGGAUUAGGGUUUUGCUCGAGUCUCUGGGGAUGAAGAUCUCGAGCUUGAAGGAGAAGCAGAGUUCUGUGCUUUUCCUCAUCGGGGAUUAUGUGGAAGACUACGGUAUCAAUGUACCGUUCAGAACACUCCAAGCUUUGGGAUGCAAAGUUGAUGCAGUGACGCCAAACAAGAAGAGAGGACAGACCUGUGUUACGGCUGUUUAUGAUCUCGAGGAGGGUAGGCAGCUUCCCGUCGAGAAGCACGGCCACAACUUCUUCGUGACAGCCGAGUGGGAUGAUGUAUGUGUGGAUGAUUACGACUGCGUCGUGAUUCCUGGAGGGAGAUCUCCCGAGCUUCUGGUGAUGAAUGAAAAGGCUAUUGCUUUAGUCAACAAGUUUGCGGAAAAGGGUAAGCUUUUAGCUGCCGUUGGACAGGGGAAAUGGCUACUGGCUGCAGCCGGUGUUCUUAAGGGGAGGCGAUGUGCGAGUAGCUACGGGAUGAAAGUGACGGUGAAGGUAGCGGGAGGCGAAGCCGUGGAGUCGGAGGGAUGCGUGGCCGACGGUAAGCUGGUGACGGCCGCAUCGGCCUCCGACCUGCCCGAGUUCCUGUCAGCAUUGUCAAGUGCUCUUGAUCUUUCUGUUGCGUUUUGAGAUGGUUUCUUUAUCUUUGGAGAAAAAUCUAUGUUCCUGCAGAACGAGGUGGAAUCUGUUUCCAUACAACUUUUGAAUAUAUAUUUUACUAAUGAUGAAUCUAUUCGUACCUUUAAUCGUUUUA